GGCAGCAUAAAAGGAAAAGGAAAGGGCUGGGGGUGGGUUGCACACUUCCCCCUCAACAACAACCCCCCUUUUUUUCCUCUCAAGGCUUUUCCUCUCUUCCCCCCGCUAUAUAUUUAUGGGAAGGGGGAGCUUUGUGGCCACGCGUGGACUGAGAGAACGUGUCAUUCUCCUCCUCCUCCUCUUCCUCCUCUUCUUCUUCUUCCAUCCGCGAACAAGUUUCUCCUUCCUCGGCGGACUGCAAAGAUGGAGAGGCCGGAGAAGCUGGAAGGAAGGCGGCCGCCUUUGAAGGGAGAAGCCUCGGAGGGGUGAAAUUCCCCCUCCAGCACUGGGGACAGCGCCGGCGUUUUCCCCCCAGGGAAUGUUAUUUGGGGGGGGGCUGUUUCUGACGACAACGCUUGGAUGUUGAAGGAGCAGCUGUAAUUUACAUAUAUGUACACACACACACAUAUUUCUUAUUGGGGGGGGAGCAAAGACGUCGAGGAGAGCGGGCGGAGAGUGGCAUGAAACGCCACCCACUCAACCCCGUGGGGUGGUUUUUCUUUCUUCCCUUCCUCCUCUCCUUUAAAGGAUGCCUUGGUUCUUGACAGCUGGUGGGAAUCUUGAUUCUUCCUCCCUCCUUCCCUCCCCCAAAUCGCUCUCCCCCGCCGCCAGAAGACCGCCGCGUCUCUCCUCCUUCGCCUUCUUCCCAACAAGCAACUGCAGCGGAGUAGUCGGAGGCAAGGCUAAGAGGGAAUAGAAUAAAACGCCGGGAGUUUGGCCACCGAGGAGGAGGAGGAGGAGGAGGAGGAGGAGGAACAGCGAGAGAAGACGACGACGAGGAGGAGGGAAGGCUCUUCCUGGCUGAAACCAAAACCCCGGUUGCGCACUGGGUUGUGAUUGGAAAUCUAAUCAGAGCCUUGGAUCGGGAAGAAUAAAAAGGGGGCAGCAAGAAAAAAACAGUUGUGGGUCUUGGCGGUGGAAGGUAGAGAGAGGACUCUAAACUUGGAGACUGAGAAGAUAAUUUUACAAAGGGACAGGUGCCGUUGCUGUUGUUGCUGUUUUAAUCUGGAGAAGAGAAACCCCUUCCUCUCAAAGCAAAACCCUACGGAGAGGCCAUGGCAACCCCCGAUGUAACGUGGAAGCCGCACAUGGAUCGGAGGACUGAGAGGAGGCCAGCAGCACAGAGUCGCCUCAGGGAAGCCUGGUCUUAGCUGCCGGGGCAACGGCGGUUGCGUUGCGUUGCGUUGCAAGGGGGAGUAGAGCGUGGUUGGGAUCGAUGGUACUCCUGGCCACAUAACCUCGAGGCAAAGGGAGAGGACUGGAAGGCGGUGGAGAAGAUCCAGGCUGGAAGGGAAACUUUCUCGACGGAGGAGACUGGCUUCCCUUUUCCUCCGCUGCCCUCCUGCCCCUCGCUUUCGGCUUUCUUUUUCGAAAAAGGGGGGAUAGAGCUCUCCCCACCUUCUGCCUCCCUUCCCCCCCCCUCCAUCCAUCCAUCCAUCCAGCAAGGAGAGAAGUUGACACCCGCCAGGACAUUUGAAAGCAGGGGAGAGAAAGAGAGAGGCGAAGUCCCGGGAAAGAGGAGGCUGUGGGAGGGGAGCCCACCAGGGUUUGGUGUGGAGCCCUCCUGGACUAGAGAACUAGAUGGAAAAUUGCAGAUGGAUAUUGCCUUGCCUUGCCUUUUUUCCUCCCGUCAAAUUGGAUUUGUCGCCGAAAUGAUGUAGUUUUGCUGGCCGCGGUCUUUUCUGUUUUUUAUCCCCCUUCUGUUCCCCCCCUUUUCUUCUCUUCCCUUCCCUGAUCCCCCAACCGACGCCCCCUUCGGAAUUUCAUGCUGGAUAUUCUCCUCCUCCUCUUCCUCCUCCUCCUCCUCCUCCAUCGGGGCGAUCGGCGACUCCUAUUGGGAUAAUGAAGAAAGACUGGCCAUUUAAAAGGAAUGGGUUGCCUUCAAGCUUGCUAGCCCCAAGAAAGAAGGUCUCUGUGUGUGUGACUCAAGGAGACAGAGUUCCCACUAGAUCGUCUGCUUUAUUGUCCAGGAACUGAGAAGGGAUGAAGAUGGACUAGAUAUUCUGACUAUUAGACUCCUGAAGGACCAACACCAAAUAAAUUAUGAAUGUUGAACAAGAUGACCUUACAUCCACAGCAGAUAAUGAUAGGUCCUAGGUUUAACAGGGCCCUAUUUGACCCCUUGCUUGUGGUGCUAUUAGCUCUUCAACUUCUUGUGGUCGCUGGUUUGGUCAGAGCUCAGACCUGCCCUUCUGUAUGUUCCUGUAGCAAUCAAUUUAGCAAAGUAAUUUGUGUACGGAAGAAUCUGAGAGAGGUCCCUGACGCCAUCUCCACCAACACCCGAUUAUUGAAUCUCCAUGAGAACCAGAUCCAAAUCAUUAAGGUGAAUAGCUUCAAACACCUGAGGCAUUUAGAAGUAUUGCAGCUGAGCAGGAAUCACAUUAGAACAAUUGAAAUAGGGGCCUUCAAUGGUCUGGCUAAUCUUAAUACUUUGGAACUCUUUGACAAUCGUCUUAGCACCAUCCCAAAUGGGGCUUUUGUGUACUUGUCAAAACUGAAGGAGCUUUGGCUGAGGAACAACCCCAUUGAGAGUAUUCCUUCCUAUGCUUUUAAUAGAAUUCCUUCCCUUCGAAGAUUGGAUUUGGGGGAAUUAAAAAGGCUUUCGUAUAUCUCAGAAGGUGCCUUUGAAGGUCUGUCCAAUUUAAGGUAUUUGAACCUUGCUAUGUGUAACCUUCGGGAGAUUCCUAACCUCACACCACUCGUAAAACUGGAUGAACUAGAUCUUUCUGGGAAUCACUUAACUUCUAUCAAGCCAGGGUCUUUUCAAGGCUUAAUGCACCUUCAAAAAUUGUGGCUGAUCCAAUCCCAGAUUCAAGUGAUUGAAAGGAAUGCCUUUGAUAACCUUCAGUCACUAGUAGAGAUCAAUCUAGCCCACAACAAUCUAACACUACUGCCUCAUGACCUCUUCACACCUCUCCGUCUAGAAAGAAUCCACCUACAUCAUAACCCUUGGAACUGCAAUUGUGACAUCCUGUGGCUCAGCUGGUGGAUUAAAGACAAAGCACCCUCAAACACUGCAUGCUGUGCCCGUUGCAACACACCUCCAAGCCUAAAAGGAAGGUAUAUCGGUGAGCUAGACCUGAAUUACUUCACAUGCUACGCUCCUGUGAUUGUGGAGCCACCAACAGACCUCAACGUCACUGAAGGCAUGGCUGCAGAGCUGAAAUGCCGAGCAUCAACAUCCCUGACCUCUAUAUCUUGGAUUACUCCAAAUGGGUCUGUUAUAACACAUGGGGCUUAUAGGGUUCGGAUUUCUGUGCUUAGUGAUGGCACAUUAAAUUUUACAAGGGUGACCGCUCAAGACACGGGCUUGUAUACAUGCUUGGUGAGUAACUCUGUUGGGAAUACCACAGCUUCUGCAACACUCAAUGUAACUGCACAGGAGUGUAUUACCUAUUUUUCAACUAUCACAGUAGAAACUGUGGAACCUUCUCAGGAUGAGGCGCGGACCACAGAGCAGGUAUGGCCCACACCAGUCAUUGAAUGGGACACCACCAAUGCAACAACCUCUCUCACACCACAGAGCACAAGGUCAACGGAAAAAACAUUCACCCUCCCUGCAACAGAUUCAAGCAAUGGGAUCCCAGGAAUAGAUGAGGUUAUGAAAACUACCAAAAUCAUAAUUGGUUGUUUUGUGGCAAUCACUCUUAUGGCUGCUGUGAUGUUGGUCAUUUUCUACAAAAUGCGGAAACAACAUCAUCGGCAAAACCACCAUGCUCCAACGCGAACUGUAGAGAUCAUUAAUGUGGAUGAUGAGCUUACAGGUGACACACCCAUAGAAAGUCAUUUGCCCAUGCCAGCAAUAGAGCAUGAGCAUUUAAAUCACUAUAACUCUUAUAAGUCUCCUUUCAACCACACAACAACAGUUAAUACAAUAAAUUCAAUACACAGUUCAGUGCAUGAACCAUUAUUGAUCCGAAUGAACUCAAAAGACAAUGUGCAAGAGACUCAGAUCUAAAACAUUUACAAAUUUAAGGGGGAAUUUAAAACAAAAAGACAGUUUAUUAAAAAAAAUGACACAAAUGACUGGGCUAAAUCUACUGUUUCAAAAAAAGUGUCUUUACAAAAAAGAAAUUUAUUUAUUAAAAAUUCUAUUGUGAGCGAAAGCAGACAAAAUUAUGUGUAUUCCUCAGAACCUCUUUUUGCUGCACUUAUUUACCCUACUUCUUUCCCUACCCUUUCUUCUUCCCACCCUUUCCCAAUCCCAUUUGCCAUAUUUUUCAUAGAACAACUUGAUUCUCUAAAGAACUGGUCUAGGAAUUUUUGUAAGAAUUCUGUUAACGCUUUGGGAAUUUUUAUGGUGAAUUCUAGUGGUGAGAUUCGGUCUAUUUUGUCUUUUCUCAUUUCAUUUUCUUCUCAUGCCCUUUUUGAAAUGGUUCAACAGGGGAAUGGAUGUUAGUGGUAGAUUCAUAAGAACAAUCAAGGAACAACAACACAAAAAAAAUAUAACAAAAUACUUUCCUUUUUAAUUUUUUUCCACAUAAUGACCUGUUCUGUAUUUCCUGAAGGGAUCACCUGUGGAAGACGGGGGGAAAUCCACGAAAUUAAUUUUCAUGUGAGCAUCUAUAAAACCCAUGAUCUUUUAAACAAUUCUAGAACCAGGAUUUGUAGUUCAAACACUAAAAUAAGAUUAUAAAUAAAAUAUUGUUGGUUUUUUUCUGUA